AAAAUUGUAAAGCUCUGAGUUAUAAAUUGCUAAAAUAUAAUUAUAAUUACAUUAUUAUUAGUUUAAUGCCUUAAAUGAAAUAGUAAUCAGUGCUACCUGCCUGUCCAGUGUUUUCAACCAGCUACAAAACAUUAUAAGCACUUUACACUGAAAACUUGCACAACUGGUAAUAUCAUGGAGGACGUCCCACGCUUAGUGUCUGAGAUGACCAGCAUGUUCAAGCAGCGCAUGGCCGACUUUGAGCAAGAGCAGAGGGUUAGCGCAGGAGCAGCAACAGAUGCCACACCAGUACUAACAGCGGAGUACAUAGCAUUUCGAAGCUUCAUUAUGCAGUUUCUCUGUGUUCUCCAGCAGCAAGUGGGCUUUCUGGUGCAGAGCAUGGACAAUAUGCAGAUGCACAGCCGGCGUAAGAUACUUCUUCUUCACGGUGUAUCGGAGUCAGAAGCUAAGGAAGAGGACACUACCCAAUUGGUCGUAAAAGUUGUCAAGGACCGCCUCAAUCUUGAUAUAAAGCCAUCUGAUAUCAAGCGGUGCCACCGGAUGGGACGGACUACCCAAAAGGCUCGACCCAUUCUGCUUAAGCUGCAUAACCUGGCUCUCCGUGACAACAUCUGGCGAGGAAAAACCAAGUGCAAGGGCUCGGGUGUCACGAUCUCCGAGUUUUUGACUAAAUCCCGACACGGUAUCUUCAUGGCGGCACGAGAGAGGUUCGGGGUCAAUCAGUGUUGGACGAGGGAGGGCAUUAUCUUUGUCCUGGACUCGAAAGGCGCUCGACAUCGGGUUACAACCAGAGACGAUCUCGACAGUAUCGAUUUAAAACAGCCUGGGCAGGAUGUGGCCCAGCCUGUCAUUGCGGCUGCCGGGAAGGUGGUUAUGUCCAGGGCAAGGCGUGCAGCAACCCGAAAAUAAGUAUUAUAAAUUUUUCAAUUCUAUUUUCUUGUCUUUCUGUAGGUAGUCUGGGUAAAUCGGGUAUUUUAGUUUUAGAUUGUUGCACUUGUAAUAUUGUAGUAUGUAUCACCUUCAUUUUAAUUUUAUUAUUUUUCUUACAUUCACAUUUACAUUGAAAAGGUAGUAGUAUUUUAUUUUAUUUGUUUACAAUUAUUUAUGUUCAUUUCAUUCGUAACUCAUAUCAUUGUCUUUAAUGUCACCUGUCACUGUCAUGCUUAACUGUCACUUAAAACGUUUCGUUUUACGAACUGCAUGCGUGUUUUAAAUUCAAAUUCGUUUAUUUUUCAUUUAUUAGCGUAUUAUAUUUCUCACCUCAUUUUAUUAUUUAGUUCGAUUGCCCGGACCUACUAUUACUGUUUUUACUAUUUUUGUGUUGCUAUCUUUAUUUGUUAUUUUUUAUUUAUUUUUUUGCUAGCCUGUGUUGUCGUUAAUGGGUGAUUUCUUGUUUUGUUGUUUUUAAAAUUCUUACAGGCUAACUGGCAGGUGGAUAUAGGUAGUGCAGAUUUUGAACACCAACCUCAUACAUAACGCAUAGUAUUAUAUUAUAGGUAUAUUUUUGUUGUUAUUUAUUAGUUUAUUAAUAUUACAUAUUAUUACAUUUUAUAUACAUUAUUAGGUACAUAUUACACACUCAUGUUACAUACUAGUACUAACAAUGAAUCUGAUGCGUAUUUAUCAUUUACUUCAGACGACGAAAGCUUUUGUAGUUUACCGUCAUUAAAUGAGACACUCGUCUCGGUAUUUUCUGAUGCAUCGCAGAACUUCAAUGUGGUUCACAUUAACGCUCAGAGUAUUCCGGCUCAUUACACUGAUAUGCUGGCGUUUUUCGAUUGUAAGUACAUUCACGCCAUUCUGGUGUCCGAGUCGUGGUUGAAACCUUGUCUCCCUUCUUCCUCCUACUCUCUUCCGGGAUUUAACUUGAUAAGGAAUGACCGUGCGAUUGGGGGUGGGGGCGGUGUGGCCAUAUAUCUCCGUAAGAAUAUUUCGUUUACUAUCUUGAAUAUGUCCACACAGCCUCCUCCCCAGAAUGCUGGUGAACACCUCUUUUUGGAGGUUGAGUUACACCGCACUAAAAUUCUUCUUGGCGUGUAUUAUUGUCCAUCUCUACGUAUUAACUUCUUCUCCUCUUUUGAACAGCUCCUAGAAAUAUUUGUACCCUCAUAUGAUCACUGUAUUAUAAUGGGGGAUUUCAAUACAUGUCUGUUAAAAAACGACACUCGUUCCACUUCUUUUUCCCGGUUAAUCAAGUCUACCAAUCUUUCUAUCCUUGACCUCAAUGCUACUCACCAUUUCCCUAAUUCAGUUCCUUCGCUGCUUGAUUUGAUCUUAGUUUCUUCCCCGAACAACGUCGCCAAACAUGGCCAGUGUCCGGCUGACGCCUUCUCUUACCACGACCUUAUCUAUGCAUCCUUCAAAAUUCGCCCACCCAAGCAUAAGUCGAGAACUCUCUAUCUUCGCAAUUUUGAGGGCAUGAAUGUUGAGCGUCUACGGGAGGAUGCUGCUGACAUCGACUGGAAACCUCUGGCUGAGGCGGCAUCGGUUGACGAACAAGUUGAAUUCCUGACUGCCUCUGUUAUUAAACUAUAUGACAAACACGCUCCUGUCAAAGCCGUCAGGGUUAAGCAUCUCCCAGCACCUUGGUUAACUGAUGAAAUAAAGAAACUGAUUGCUAAAAAAGCUGCUGCAAAAUUUAAAUUUAAGAUCCAGCCGAGUGUCGGCAACAGGGAAAAAUACAUUAGGAUUAGAAAUCAGUGCAGCAAGGUGUGCAGGAAUGCUAAACGCCAACACAUCCAUAGAUCAGUUCAAGAUAGUGAUCCGGCUAAAGUGUGGAAGUUCCUCAAAUCACUAGGUAUCGGAAAACCUACUCAAGACCCUAUACCUAAAGAUCUAGAUCUUAAUUCUCUUAACUCUCAAUUCUCCUCCUCGGUCGCUUUAGAUAUGGCCGCCAAAACUUCCACUUUAAACUUUCUUUCGUUACUUCCGCUACCUGAUUUUCCUCCGUUCGUCUUCAGUCAAUUUACUGCAUGUGAGGUUAGGAGGAGCAUUCUGUCGACGACAUCGAAUGCCGUUGGUGGUGACUGUGUAAGCCGCAAAAUGAUAAUUCCUAUCCUAGAUCAAAUUACUCCUAUCAUCCUUUUUGUCCUAAA